AUGAAAAGUGAAAGUUUGUCGCAGGCAAGAAUGCAGAGUUCCACACCAACAGUUUUAGACAAGUACUUUGGCCAUCUUCAUGAAACACUGACAAAGAAUGAUCUUUUAAACAAACCCGGUCAAAUAUUCAAUUGUGAUGAGUCAGGAUUUUCCCUAAAUCCUAAGCCGCGAUACAUUGCCACCCGAAAGGGCCAACCUCAUACCUACUCUGUAACAUCAGGCAGCAAAACACAAAUAACUGUAAUGGCUUGCAUCUGUGCUGCUGGAUAUUCUAUGCCACCAAUGGUCAUUUUUGACAGAAAAGGAUUAAAUCCAGACUGGAAAGAAGGAGAAGUCCCUGGCACUAGCUAUGGCCAAAAUGAGUCUGCGUGGAUUGAUAGUGACAUGUUUGAUGGGUGGUUUAAUCAACUGUUUUUAAAGUUUAUUCCUGCUGCUCGUCCAAUCCUUCUGCUAUUAGAUGGUCACUCUUCCCAUUAUAACCCUGCUGUAAUCAAGCAAGCGGCAAGUAACUACAUCAUUAUAUUCUGCCUACCACCAAACACCACCCAUCUAAUGCAGCCACUAGACAGAGUGUGCUUUGGUGCAGUCAAGCAGUUCUGGAACGAAGAAUGCCACAGUUACAUGCAACAGCAUCCAGGUAAAGUAAUUACACGAGGGCAAUUCUGUCAGGUAUUUAGACUGGCUUGGAUGAGAGGAAUGAAAAUGAAAAAUAUCUUGGCAAGCUUCAAAACAACAGGAAUUCAACCUUUUAAUAAGCUUGCCAUUGCUCUACCAGGUGAAUGCAACACGACCUCAGACGAGAAAUAA